AUGAGGCUUUUAAGCCAACAGAUUCUUAUUUUUACUAAAAUUUCCAUUCUCUUCUUAAUUCAAUUCCGAAAAGUUUUCCCAACAAAUGAAAAGUCCAUUUCGGGAGAGGAUAUUUUACAAAUGGCACAGUGCUAUGUCGAUGCCGACUAUCAAAAAGCUAAAAUUCCAGGUGAUGGAAUAACCGAAAUGGAAGAAGUUUUGGGGCCCCAUUAUACUUUUGGUAAUUACAUCAAUGGAUGUAUUAAAAUUAAAGAAUUGCUUAAAAAUAUCUUUGCCUCUUCGGGUCUAGAUAAAUGGAUUGUUGAAAUGAAAAAAGAAUUAAAAGAAGAAUAUGAAAGCAAAAUUAGAAGUUUUGCCAAAAUUGGGAUUAGUGAAAGAAUUGAUAUUUCUGAAUUUGAUAGUGAAAAUGAAGCAAAAUUUAAUUAUUGGAAACAAAAUUCAGAGGAGAGAUUAAAAGAAAUUUUUGUUGAAAGAAAUUAUUUGGAAUUUAAAAAAUGGUUAGAAGGAAAAACAAAAAAAGAAAAUAAAAAAUUUGAAAGAAUUAAUGAAUCUGAUAGUAAAAGUAGUGAAGAUGAGAGUAAAGAAUUAAAAGAUACUGAAACAGAAAAAGUAUUUAGCAAUUCAAAUGAAAAUUUAAAAAUUAUUUUUGUUAAAGAAAAUUUGGAGAAAUAUAAUUUUUGGUUAAAAAAUUUGGAAAAAAAUCCAGAAACUUUAAAAAAGAUUUAUAUAAAAGAAAUUGAAUUGGCUUUUAAUUAUUGGCGUAGAAGAACUAAUCAUUUUGGAAUAUUUUUGAAAGCAGCAUAUCUUAAAUUUGCUAAAGUUUUCAUUGACAAACUUAAGAAUGCUGUUUCCAACAUUCAAAACAAGAAAUUGUUUCGUGCUCUAACUUCAAUUUCUCAUCGAAUGAAAAUUGAAAUUUUUGGCAAUAUAGCUUUUGGAAAAUAUUUUUUUAAGAAAGAUAAAAGCCAUUUUGAUUCAUUUUAUAAAGCACUAAAUAAAAUGGAAAAAUAUUUGGAGAAAAUUAAAGUAAAUAUUCAAAAACCUUUCGUUAUUUGGGUAGUUCGUCAUUCGGAAAGACUUGAUAAUGAUGAGGAAGAGAGAAAUAAAGCUGAAGGGGAUGCAUGCUUCAACUAUAAAGGACGUAAAUUUAUGUUGGACAAUAGUCCAUUGAGUGAUGAAGGGAAAUUGAAGGCAUCUAGAUUAAACAAAGUUUUUGCCAAUAUUCCAAUUAAAGAAAUUUUUGUAUCCCCAUAUGAACGUACGAUUGAGACAGCUCUUUAUUUAUUGGGAUACAACAAAAUUGAGAAAGAUUCGAUAAAAAAGGAAAAUAACAAAAUAAAAGUUAAAACAAUUUCAAAAGAAAUUAAAAAUAACGAUUUAAAAAUUAAAUUAGAGCCCGGAUUUAUUGAAAAAUUAUCACAAUGUGGAGCUAAUUCGACUGGUUAUGAGGAGUGUAAGGAAUUGGCAAAACAUCAUAAAGGAUUAAAUUGUGAAUAUAAACCUAUUUUUACUAGAGAAAAGGCUGAAAGUUUUAAAGAGAUAGAAAAUAGAAGAUGGGAUAUUGCUUGUAUUCCUCGAUUAAAAGAAGUGUUUACACAGCUUUUGAAGAACAAUGCCGGAAAAACUAAAUUAAUUGAAAAAUCUAAAAAGGAGGAAAUGAAUGAAUGGUUAUCUCCGGGGGAAGAAAAUGCUGAACAUAUUGUUAUUGUUUCUCAUGGAAUGGUGAUUAGCUCGUUAGAACAAAUGAUUUCUGGGAGAUAUACUAAUGUGCCGCAGGCUUCAAUAAUGAAAAUUGUUGAACUUGAAGAAGAAAAAAAGGAUCAGAAAAAACGAGAAAAGUCAAAUGUAAAAACGAGCCUUGACGAGAAUGGAAAACUCAAAAAUCUUCGAAUGAUUUUCUCAAAUGUUACAACACAUUUGAAUGAGAAAGGCAGGCUUGGAUAUUAUCUCUAUUGA